AGCCCCAGCCGGAUCCAUCCGGAGGAAGGAUGCGGGCAGAGAUUCGGUGCCUCGCAGCCCAUUGGAGGAGCGCUGGCACUGGCAGGGGGGUCCUUCGGGCUCCUGUCCCCACCUCCCUCCUCCAGACUCCCCUCCCUGUCCCCAGCGCCAUCCUCACACACACAAAAGCAGGGAAUUAGCUGCCUUAGGGCAGCCGAGGCUUAGCCAGCUGCGGGCGGAAAAUCGGAAUAAAAUACCUUGGAGGGGAGGGGAGGGAAGGGAGGGGAGGGAGGCGGCAGAGGAAGCAGCAGCCAUGGAAGAAUACAAAUAACUGCCCUCCAUCCAUCCCUCUUUCCCGAGCGAAGCACAAAGCCACGGAUGCCGUGCGAGAAGCCGACCUGGAUGCAUCCCCGCCUUCCAUCCGCAUCCGGAUCCAGGGGCUGCGCCUCCUGAGCGCUCUCUCCCAUCGGGAGGAAUGCCGAGCCGGGAGACGGGCGGCAUCAGCUUUGUUCCUCGCUAAGCACCGGCAGCGCCUGAGCCCUUCCCUGAGGGAUCUGCUGCCUCCAGCCCUUCCCUGAGCACGAUGGGAACCACGGAAGCCACGCUGCGGAUGGAAAACGUGGAUGUGAAGGAAGAAUGGCAGGACGAGGAUUUCCCCAGACCUCUCCCAGAAGAGACAGGGAUGGAGUCACUGGGAAGCCCCACAGAAGAUGAGAACACAUCCUCUCCCCCCAAUACUUUAAAUUUUAACGGGGCGCAUCGUAAGCGGAAGACACUUGUUGCACCUGAAAUCAACAUUUCCCUGGACCAGAGUGAAGGCUCCAUCCUCUCUGAUGACUUCCUGGACACUCCAGAUGACCUGGAUAUUAAUGUGGAUGAUAUUGAAACACCUGAUGAGACAGAUUCCCUCGAAUUCCUGGGCAACGGGAACGAACUGGAAUGGGAAGAUGACACUCCCGUAGCCACAGCCAAGAACAUGCCUGGGGACAGUGCAGACCUGUUUGGGGACGGGGGGACAGAGGAGGGCAGUGCCACCAACGGCCGGCUCUGGAGGACCGUCAUCAUCGGGGAGCAGGAGCACAGGAUCGACCUCCAGAUGAUCAAACCCUACAUGAGAGUGGUGACACACGGAGGAUACUACGGAGAAGGUCUCAAUGCCAUCAUUGUCUUUGCUGCCUGUUACCUCCCCGACAGCAACCUGGCUGAUUACCACUACAUCAUGGAAAACCUCUUCCUGUAUGUGAUCAGCAGCCUGGAGCUGCUGGUGGCUGAGGAUUACAUGAUCGUGUACCUGAACGGGGCGACGCCCCGGCGGAGGAUGCCGGGCCUGGGCUGGCUCAAGAAAUGCUACCAGAUGAUCGACAGAAGGCUCCGUAAAAACCUCAAAGCCCUGAUCAUCGUGCACCCGUCGUGGUUCAUCCGGACGGUGCUGGCCAUAUCCAGACCCUUCAUCAGUGUGAAGUUUAUCAAUAAGAUCCAGUACGUCCACACCCUGGAGGAGCUGGAGCAGCUCAUCCCCAUGGAGCACGUGCAGAUCCCAGACUGUGUCCUACAAUAUGAGGAAGAGAGGAUCAAGGCCAGAAAAGAAAGGGCAGAAGAGAAACAAGACAUGGCCGAGAGGGAAAGCAGGCCUGUGCCUCCAGGAGAGGAUCAAGAAACCAGUAUGUCCUGAAUGGGAGCAGGAGGUGGAUGGAUGGAGUGGAAGGACACAGCCUGGCAGCCACCCACGGCAAUGACCUUUUGGGACAAAACCUUGUCACCAUCUUAUUCCAAGUCCUGUAAGAUCCCAGAGCCUGCCUCCUCUGUCUCCAAGAUGCAAAGCUCUUUAACCUUUUUUGGAAACAUUUUACCUUAAAAAAAAAAAAAAAAGAAGAAGAAGAAGAAG